GAGCUCACUACGCCAGUGUGACUCUACUGCUUUCACUGGCUAUCAGAAAGCAGUAACUCAUAUUUCUGUCUAGCAAUGGAAGGAGUAGUUACAAGACACUGGGUGGAAACUCCUGUACGUUAUCAGGAGCAGUUUGCUGUCCAAGAUCUGGAAGCGUGCAAGUUGGAUCACUCUUUAUAUGCUUUGCCAGGUCCAUCCAAUGCUGAGGUGAGAAGCCGAAAUGCAACAAAAAGUACAGCUACAGCAGAGAGGGACAGCACUGAGGAAGGCAAACCCAGCUUUCAGGUCUUACUGGAUGUUGUGCAGUUCCGUCCUGAAGAUAUCAUCAUUCAGACUUUCGAAGGCUGGCUCCUGAUCAAAGCUCAGCAUGGACCUAGGAUGGACGAACAUGGUUUCAUAUCCAGAAGCUUUGUUAGACAAUACAAAUUACCUAAUGGAGUCAAGAAAAAAGAUUUAUCUGCUCUCUUCUGCCAUGAUGGCAUUUUGGUUGUUGAAAUGAAGAGCUCAGAGAGAAUGGACUAAAAUCUUUUUAAUUGUUAUUGGUGAGAAAAUAUUAUUUCUAAUGUAACUCAAACAAUGCUUUGCAAUGUAGCCAUGCAUGUGAAGUUGUUCGUUUGUAUUUACAAUGGAGAUAAGAACAAAACUUUGCAUAUAUUUUCGGCAUGUUGAGUUUUAUUGUUUGAUGUGACAUGUAAGACUACUUUCCUUCAGCUGCAUAUGUGCUGGAGACCCACGCUUUUUAGACAAAAGGAAGUUUAUGGCAGUCAUAACAAAUGAAAAAUAUUUCAUAUAAUGCUCUCUGAUGAGGUACCAAGUGUAAAGCAUGUAUAAAAAUGCCAAUAAACAGGGGUUACCUUUGUAAUAUGUAUUCAUGAGAUAAAUAAUGAAAGAAGCAGCAGACAUUUUAUGGAAUUUUAAUUUUACAUAACAGAAAAAUGCCAUGUUUUUAUAAGUCAUAUCACUAUAUAAUGUUAUAUUAUAAUGAUAUAAUAACUUCAACAUUUCUUAGGAGAUGUCAAAGCACGCAUGAGCCGCAUGCAUUUGGUCUGCAAAAUAAUUUUGGCAAAAAACUCUUUGAAUUCAAAUUUAUUUCUAAAAAUUGCUUGUGAGUUUGACCUUUAAAAAUAUAUUGUACUUAAGGGAAUAUUGAACAGCAGAAUAAACAUUAAAUGCAAUGUUUUAAAAUGUGCCAUCUUUUUACUAACAUUGAGUCAACUUAUUUUGAUGGAAAUUUUUCAAAUGCUUUGUUUUUAAUCACAGUUCAUUUUGUUUAAAUAUCCUGGCUUUCUGCCAACAAUAGAAACAAAAUAUUGCUCACUUAUAAAAGCUCAAAAGUCCCAAAGUCAUUCUUGCGUAGCUGCCCCUGACUUAAAGGCAUUAAUAUGCUAGGGAUGAAUUUAGUCCAACAAGUUUACACAAACAAUGUGAUAACAAUCAUGUAAACGUUUUCUUCUGUGACUUUCUUUAGAACUUAAGGUCCUGAUCCUGCAAUUGGAUCUCUGGCGGCAGAUGCUUGUGCCCACAGAGCCUAACUGGCUCUGCACCAGCAUAGGGGUUCAAAUGCCUGAUUGCAAGAUAGGGCCAACUAAGAACACAGGGCUGCUUUCUUCUCUCAAUUAUACUAGAGCAAUCCCACUCAUUUCAAUGGAGUUGUGCAACUAAGGUUAGCCAGGACUCUGCCUGCUAUGUCUAACAAUUGGUCUUCAACAUUACAAAAAGACUUGUUACAAAUGGUCCUGUAAAUACACAAAAAUUCUAGGGGAACUGCAGCUGCAAGAGAAACUGCCUCCUUUUAUGUGUACUUAAGAUAAGUAUGACUGCUGUGCUAUGAAUAGUAAAAGAAUGCAGAGUGGAAAGUGCCAAGCUAAAUACAGACUCUUGCUGAUAGCCAUCUGCUGUUCAGACAAAUUAAAAACAUUUUUGAACUAAAUCAAAUACAAAUAAAAUUCUGAGUAUAUUAAAUCACAAGGGAAAAAUCAGAUUAACAAAAAUGUUUCUGCCCCAGGCUCAAAAAGAGAGCUCUCUAGUUUAUAGUGAAAGCACUAGACUUGUGUGUUUGUGCUGCAUGCUGUAGAAAUGUUUAUAUUAGUAAUCAAUUAAAUUUGAAGAAAUUUGAAAGCCACUGGUUUGGAAUAGGCCAAAUACACCUCUACCCUGCUAUAACAUGACCUGAUAUAACA